AAACAAAACAAAGGUUAAAGUUUCAUUUUGUGAUUUGGAUUUUUUAAGUCGAUUAAAAAGUCGUUUUUGAAAAUAAUUUAAGACGAAUAUCAAAAUUUUUUGUCUCAAGAACCAUGUGCCAGACCUACGCCUAACACAUAAGCUCUUAUAGUUUUAUAUUUCAUUGGAUCCUAAAUAAGAAUAAGAAUCGCUCAAAACUUAAUUAAAAAUGCCUGUUUUUUCGAAAAUUAAGGAUUUCUUGUCGAGGCAUCGCAAUAAAUUUGUCGUGGGAGGGAUAAUUAUAACUGGAUCUUAUUUUCUAACAAGGUAUGCAACACAUAGGCUAAGAGAAUGGCAUGAAAAAGAGGCUCUAGAAUUUAUAGAGAGAAACAGGAAGCAAAUACAUUUUGAAAGCAUUAACAGAACGUGUAAUCAAACAAUUAUUAACCUCUCCUCCUCACUGUUAGACAAAAUAUAUGAGACCAUUAACACUGACAAAAUUAUUGAGGCCUUGAAGACCAAUCCAGAUAAUAAAAUAGAGCUCUGGAACGACUUAAAGGUGCAAGUGUUUACGAAAGCUGGUUGUAUAGUUUACUGUUUAGUUAUGUUAGUAAUAACCCUGAAACUGCAACUUAACAUAGUUGGUGGAUAUUUAUAUAAAGACCCUACAAGUGUUGCAGCAGAUAUGCAAGAAAAAUAUUUGUCUCUCUGUCAAGAGUUCUUGAAUUCUGGAGUUGAACAGAUUUAUCAUAUUAUGGAGGUUCAGGUGAAAAAAUUACUUAAAAAUAUUGACCUUAAAAAGGAAAUGAAGCUGAGUGACUUGGAAGCAAUUUUCUGGUCUUUGCAGAGCAGUUUGGAUGCUUCUAAAGAGGACCCUGUGUCUCAUUUAAAGUCUUAUAUUCUUGAACGAGAUCCCCCUGAGGGAGAAGAUGUCUAUAAUAGCAUGCUAAGAGACACAGCAGACCUUCUAGAAAGUGAAGAAGUCAAAUAUCUAGUUAUUCACCACAUAAAUACUGCCUUCGUCUUACUAGGUGAUCAGCUAUCAGAAUUUUUCAAUCAAACUCAGCCAAAAAUAACAGAAGUUUCUUUAAAAUCACAAGAGGGUCCUGACCAGUUUCAAAAUCCCUUUAUGAAUAAGAAACCCUUAGCAAAGUUAGUACCCAUAUUAAAUGGGCUCUUAUCUAAGCAAUCUUUGCCUCACAAUCUGACUCACCACUUAAUCACAAAUGAGAAGUUGCAAAUGUUGUGUGCGAAUGUGUAUGAAAGCCUUUUAGCAUAGAACAAUAAUGUUGUAUUAAUAAGGUGUAAGUGGAAAAAUAUGUUUAGAUCCAAUUGUUGUUGUUAAAUAAAUUUAUUUAUAUUUUAA